AAAUCAUAAAGAAAAGAAGGGAAAAAAAAAAAAAAUGCACCCCAGAACAUAAAUGAUGAUAAAAUUUAUGAUUUAUAAAGUUGUGCUUAGGAGAGUGCAGAUUCCCUAAGACACCCUUUUGUUUUCUUUUCACAACUCUACAUCCCAAAGAAAACAACAUUUAUGCUUAUCCCAUCCUAAAGAAGUAUGCCAUGUAACUUAUCACAUUACAUCUCUACUAAUGUUGUAUUAGAGAAUACCAUAAGAAGCGGAUUCUAUUCAAUUACUCUCAAAGAUUUAAAUUUUAUUCAAGGACAUAUCUGUAAUUUGACAUGGGUGCUGAGAAUACUCUUACUCAGCACUCAAAAAACAGAUAUUAAGCGCCAAUGGGAGAAAGCAACUGGGCAAAGCAAAGCUUGUGUGUUUUUAUAAAAAAAGGAUUUUGAUUUUAGGGAGCCAAAACCAAAAACACAAGUACAGCACAGUAUCAUAGCACCGGAUUUGAGAGCCUAUAAUUCAGCCAAAAUUCAUAACUUGGUCAGAAUCCGAAACUGCCUCAUUUGUUGGUCUCUGCUUGCAUGCCCAACACUAUGCCACAAAUCCCCAGUGCUUAAUUUUGUUGAGUUGUCCAUUGGCAAUUUAAGCAGUCUUCUUUAGGGCUAUAAGCAUGUUGUGAGUUUCUGUGCAUUUUUUACACUGAAAAAAAAAAAAAAAAAAGUUUCUUCAGAGGGUGGUUUUCAGCUAAGAAUGUCUACCUCUGUGAGUGUGAAAAAGCUCGAGGAGCAGCUAAAGGAUGCUGGCAAAGACCUCCUUAGUCCUCCAUCCUCCUUUAGUGAUCUUCUCAGUUUUCUUGAUAGAGUUCAUAAUUUAUUAUCAAGUGUGGAGCAAGCACCGUCCAAAUCUGUGCAAGAUGCACUUUUCCCCUUAAUGACGGCACUGAUUUCAAAUGAACUUUUGAGGCACUCAGAAAUGGAUGUGAAGGUUUCAGUGCUAUGUUGCAUUACUGAGAUUACAAGAAUAACAGCACCAGAUGCUCCAUACGACGAUGAACAAAUGAAGGAAAUUUUUCGGCUGACUGUAGCAGCUUUUGAAAAAUUAUCGCAUGUAUCUGGUCGCUGUUAUACCAAGGCAAUGUGUAUUCUUGAAACAGUUGGGGUCAGGUCGUCCUUGAUGAUGCUGGACCUUGAGUGUGAUGCAUUGGUUAUCGAGAUGUUUCAACAUUUCCUAAAUACUAUACGGUCCAAUCAUCCACAUGCAGUAUUUUCGGCCAUGGAAAGAAUAAUGAUAUUGAUUGUCGAGGAGAGUGAGGAAAUUUCCUUGGAUCUUCUCAGACCUCUUUUAUCAAGUGUCAGAAAGGAAGAUCAGAAAACUUCGCCUAUUUCUUGGACAUUGGGGCAGAAAGUUAUCACCAAUUGUGCUGCCAAGCUCAGGCCAUGUCUCAUGGAGGCAGUAAAGUCAAAGGACAUUGCUUUGGUUGAUUAUGCUCAAAUUGUGGCUACUAUAUGCGAAAAUGGAUCUGGUGACCUGAAAAAUAAUUUUGGCAAUGAUCUGAGAGAAGAUCUGGAAAAGGAGAACAAGUUGGAAGGAAAGGCAGCUCCGCUUGAACCAGCCAAUUAUGAGACUGAGGAACUUGCACCAAACGGUGUUUGCCCUGAAAAAACUAAAACUGUGGAUGGUACUUCCAAAUCAGUCGGCAAUGAUGCUGCUCCAACUAGGAAUGAUGAUGUCACUAGUGAAGGUUCUUCAAAAAAAUUACAGCGAUGUCGUCUUAUGAAGCAUUUCAAGAAAGCUGAUUCAAAAGGGAAUGCUGAAUCUGAUAAUACACUUCCAAUGAAGGAAGAUGAAUCAGAAACUGAGCCAGACUCAGCUCCUAAAAAAAGAGGCCGGAGACCAAAUUCUUUGAUGAACCCAGAGGAAGGCUAUGAUCAUUCUUGGAUUUGUAGCAGUAAAAGAACUCGCAAUCCACCUUGCAGCAAAAAGUCUAAUGACAAUGACAGCGAUGAUUCACCUUCUGAAAACCCAGUUUCCAGUAAGGUCAUGACUGGACCACCAGGUUUGCAACCUAAAGGUGAUGAGACCACAGGAGCUGCUCCAUCUGAAAAUGAUAACCUUCCUGAUGGAAGCUGUCGUAAAAGGGGCAGGCCAAAGAAAGGGAGAAACACAGGAAAGGAGCUUGAGGGGACCAGUAUCAUGGAAGGAGAAACACAGAAUUGCUCAAAAGAAAUUGGGCUUGUUGCAAAGAAUAAGGAAAGUGCUGUUGCUUCUGCACAUGUAAUUGCACAGAAGAAAGCUGCAGUUACUUCCCAUCCUGAUGAAGAACCACUGCAGCAGUCAAUUAUGAAGUUAGGGGCUGCAAAAAUAAACAAGCAUGUACCAGUCCUAAAGGGCACUAAGCAUAGGAGAAAGGUUGAUAAUGAUAAAGAUGCCAAUGAAGCAUCUGGUAUUAAGAUAAAAACUUCUGAUACAGCAACUAAACCAUUGGAUGGAGACAAAAAUGUUAAUGAAGCAUCUGGUUGCAAGAUAAUAACUUCUGAGACUGCAACUGGUAACAAGAUAGUAACUUCUGGGACUGCAACUAAACCAUCAUAUGGAGUUGCAAGUUACAUGGAAGGAACUCAUAAAACAUCAAUCAAGAGAAAGCAUAUAAUUGGAAAGGAAGAGGCAUCUGAAAUAUCUGCUGACAAUGAAGAAUUGGUUGGAUGCAGAAUAAAGGUUUGGUGGCCACUUGAUAAAAUGUUUUAUGAAGGUGUUGUCCAUUCUUAUGACCCUGUUAAGAAAAGGCAUAAGGUGUUAUAUGAUGAUGGGGAUGAGGAAAGAUUGAACCUCAAAGAGGAACAAUGGGAACUGAUUGGAGAUCGUGGUUUGCCGGAUGAAGGCCAAAAGACUGAUAUUCUGGAGCCUGAUGCAUCCUUUGAUAGCAGUCCAAAAAUGUAUAGGCGGAAGCCAAAGUCAGAUCAAGCAAAGCCUGAUUCUUCCUCAACAAGACAUGGAGCAUCAUCACGCAAAUCCGGCAAAAAAUAUACAAGGCUGCGCAAAUCUGCAGCAUUGAACAAGCCAACACUCAAAGAUGAACCGGUGGAUGAUCCAUCAGCAAUAGAUGACAGACUGGAAGAUGAUGGCAAAUUAUCUACUGGCAAGCAGAAGGAAGAUAGGAAGGAAGACAGGAAGAAAGAUGGGAAGGAAGAUGAGAAGAAGACUAGUUUAGACCCCAGGCAAACUGCACGUGAAACUAUAGCCUUGCCUAAUGAAGAGAGCCCCAAAGGCGAUAUUGAAUCUUCCAGCAAGGAAUGUGCCAACAAGGAUGCAAAGGAAGAGUCAAGUUUGGUUUCAUCUGAAUCAGAAAGGUGAGCUGUGUACAGAAAAGACAUAUUAGUUGUGGAUGGAAAUGCUCAACGGUGCAUAAUUUUGGCUCAAGUACAGAAGUCUGUUUUGUAUUUUAUUUUAUUUUUUUAAACAUAUUUAGUUAUAGAAACUUCAUACUUGGAUACAGUGGGUUUUGCCCUCUUUUAUAUAGGGUUUAUAUAAGAGUUUAUCUUUGAACUUUUCAUAA